GUUCUUUCACUCCCUUCAACAAUAACACAGUCAUAUUCUUCACCAGGACACAGUGCACAGCUCCUGUCGUGCAGACAGUCUCACGAGUACAACUCUGCACCCUCUUCUACUACCUGACCACACAGACACAGGCAGCCCAUCUUUACAACAACUGUGACAGCAGCAGCAUUCCAGCAGUCUGUCUUGCCUCUGUUCAGACAUGUCGCUGUACAGUUUUGGACUGGAGCCGCUGUCCUGCCAUACUUGGAACAAAGAUAGGACCCGCAUAGACUGGGCCCCGCAGUCUAAUCGCAUAGUGACAUGUGCCUCCGACCGCAAUGCCUAUGUGUGGACCCUGAAGGAUGGUGUCUGGAAACCUACCUUAGUCUUGGUACGCAUCAACCGUGCAGCCACAUGUGUGAAGUGGUCCCCACUGGAGAACAAGUUUGCCCUGGGCAGUGGAGCCCGUCUUAUCUCUAUCUGCUACUUCGAGCAGGAAAAUGACUGGUGGCUGAGUAAGCACAUCAAGAAGUCAAUUUGCUCUACAGUGCUGAGUCUGGACUGGCAUCCCAACAACAUUCUCCUGGCAGCAGGGUCUGCAGACCUUCACUGCAGGAUUUUCUCAACCUACAUCAAGGACAUUGAGGAAAAGCCCGGGCCCACUGCCUGGGGGGCCAAGAUGCCUUUUGGGGAGAUGAUGCUGGAGCAUAAAGACUGUGGUGGGUGGGUACACAGUGUUUCUUUCUCUCCCAGUGGAGACCAGUUGGCCUGGGUGGCCCACAACAGCAGCAUCAGUGUCGCUGAUGCCACACAGGGGAAGGAGGUAAUCCAGCUGACCAGUGACAGCCUGCCACUGCUGAGCGUCCUCUAUAUCAGCCCUACUGAGAUUGUUGCUGCGGGACAUGACUGUUGCCCCUACCAGUACACGUAUAAGGGCCCACGCUCUCUGGAGUUUGUGAAGAAGCUUGAUAUCCCAAAGCAGACCUCCAAAGGGAAUAUGUCAGCAAUGCAACACUUUCGCAACCUGGACAAAAAGGCCACUGACGAGGAAACCGGUGACCUGGACGCACUUCAUCAAAACAGCAUCACGCAGCUGCGUAUUGUAUCACUGGACAAAGCCAAAGUUGUGCAGUACAGCAGCGUGGGUCUGGAUGGAGCUAUGGUGAUCUGGGAUUUUAAGCCCUGACUCCACAUUUGUCCUUGAGCUGAGUCAGAGAUCAAACACAUCCUUGGUUCAUUCAUUCAUCUGUGUUUUCCAGUAACUGGGAAAUGCUGUUAGCACAUGUGAUUUGUGAUAUUUGACAAAAAACUAAUUGUUUACUAAAAUAAAUGGGUAAUGUAU